UUGUGCUGCGCGGUGCGCGCGAAUUUCUUUUUCUUCCGUCUUCGGGAAAAUUAUUUCGUCCCAUGAGCGGUCGGUUCUGCGCGUGUUUACUUGUUUAGUGGCGUUUUGUGAAGAUAAAAUACACGAUAUAGGUUUAUGUGGACAAUUUAUAAAUACAGGGUAAAUUGGACAAUAAUAAAUACGAACUGAAUAAUUACGUAAUUACAGGACAAAAUAUAUGUUUCAAUGAAAAUGUUUAGAGUGAUGUUAAAUAUUUUUUAAACGAUGUUUAGCUUGUAAUAUAUCUUGAAGAAAAUCGAUUUAAAGCAGAGAUGUCUCUAAAGAAAGAGUCCCGCACGGACGUUCAGUUCCACCUGGCGGCGCUGCGCGGGGACCGCGACCGCUUGCGACAGCUGCUCGACACCGGCAAGGUGCACAUCGACUCCAGGGACAGGGACGGCACGACGCCGCUGAUCCUGUCGGCGGCGAUGGGGCACGCGGAGUGCGUGGCGGAGCUGCUGGCGCAGGGCGCGGACCCCGCCUGCUGCAGGACGACAGGAACGAGCGCGCUGUUCUUCGCGGCGCAGGGCGGGUUCCUGGACAUCGCGCGCCUGCUGCUCGACGCCGGUGCCGCCAUCGACGCGCCCAGCCUGGACGGCGGCACCCCGCUGUUCGUGGCGUGUCAGUGCGGCCACCUGCCCGUCGUCGAGGAGCUCAUCAAGAGGGGCGCCGAUGUCAACUCCUGUAUGAAGGAUCGAGCGACCCCUCUAUUCAUAGCGGCGCAGAACGGUCACGCGUCGGUGUGUGUGACGCUACUGCGGGCGGGGGCGCGGCCGGACCGCGCGCGUGCCGACCGCGCCACGCCGCUGUGGAUCGCGGCGCAGUGCGGACACGCGGCCGCCGCGCGCGCGCUGCUGGCUGCCGGCGCCGCUGUCGACGCCGUUAGACAGGACGGCGCGACGCCGCUGUUCAAGGCGGCGCACAAGGGUCACUCGGCGGUGGUCGCCGAGCUGCUGCCCUACAAACCCAACCUGGGUAUACUACCGAACGGCCAGACGGCGUUGCACGGCGCGGCGAUGUUCGGUCAGCUGGAGUGCGUGCGGCAGCUAGCGCGACUUACCGGCCCGCACGUGAAAAACGCCGCCGGACUCACACCCGCACAGGUGGCGACUGCGGCGCGGCACGGCGCGGUGGCCGCGUACCUGCAGCAGCUACCGCGCGCCUGACCCCCCGCCGCGCGCCGCUAACCCACCACUAACCCCUCCCGCUUUUGAUACAUCCCCAAACAUAUGCUUUUGCUCCUUUCCUAUCGUUAUAAUAAUCUCCUCUCAUGUCCACCAUAGGGAACAGCAACUACAGCUGCUAUUGUAGUACAAGAUCUGAAACGACGACUCCAGUCGACAGCACCUAUGUUGUGCACGUUCCUUAGUGUCAAAACCGCGAGGCGUGCGAAACUUCUUACUGACCAGCAAUUAUAUAUAUGGACGCUGUUAAGCAAUCGUGUACUAACCCACACAAAAAUUACG